CUCAUCUACUUGCAAAUUUUCCAUUUGAUUGCCCAAAUUUUACAGAAAGAGAGAGCUUUGGUCUUCUGAGAGAGAGAGAGGGUCUUCUUUUGAGAGAUGGCUCGUACCAAGCAAACUGCUCGUAAGUCAACUGGAGGAAAGGCUCCUAGGAAGCAACUCGCUACCAAGGCUGCUCGCAAGUCUGCCCCAACUACUGGUGGAGUGAAAAAGCCCCACAGAUACCGCCCUGGUACUGUUGCUCUUCGUGAAAUCCGUAAGUACCAGAAGAGUACUGAGCUCUUGAUCAGGAAGCUUCCUUUCCAGAGGCUUGUCAGAGAAAUUGCUCAGGACUUCAAGACUGAUCUCCGUUUCCAGAGCCAUGCAGUCCUUGCAUUGCAGGAGGCAGCUGAGGCAUACCUUGUGGGUCUGUUUGAGGACACAAAUCUGUGCGCCAUUCACGCCAAACGUGUCACAAUCAUGCCCAAGGACAUUCAGCUGGCAAGGAGGAUCAGGGGCGAACGUGCUUAAGCUUGUUUAGGGUCCUCGUGUAGAAUGGUAGCUUUGGUGGUGUUUUUUGAUUUGUUCUCAAGCAAUAUUAUAUAGUUGGAUAGGACAGAGGCUUUUGCUUACUGGUAGUUGAUGGUGGCUAUUAGGAACUCGUGGUAUGGUGGCAUGUGUGCAGUAGUAUGGUUAUUGUUCAUGUUUUGUGUUGGGGUUGGAUGGCAAGAUCGACUUAUAAAUUCUUGUAUUUUCAGUUUGGUGAACUGCAUGUUGUCACACAUCUGGUGUUGAACAGCGUUUCUCAUUUGAUCUAAUGUAGUUUGGUAUUUUGUUGUUAGUGCGUUGUACUGUUCUAGGGAUGUCGUUAGAUUGUUCUCACUUGGGUAAUAAUUUAUGUUAACUCAGCCGAUUUUA